AUGGAUCAGCUCACUGAACAGGGUAGUAGAGUGUCCUUUGCCAGAGUCUGCGUGGAGGUUGAAGCAACAUCCACUCUUCCAUCGAUGUUUAAAGUUAAUUGUGAAGAUGCAGAAGCUGUUGUAAAAGUCGAAUAUCAGGGUUUACCCCCUAAGUGUGACCACUGUGUAGUUUUUGGGCAUGACACUACCAAAUGUGUUAAGACCCAAGUGGCUGCCCUGUUAAACCUCCAGAAACAAACAGAAGACAACCCAGAUCCGGGAUGGGAAACUGUCAAAGCCAAGGGUAAGAGAAAGGUUGAUGUACCUGAGAUAGAUACUCCUGCAAAUUCAAAGGAGGAUGGCCUACCGAAAACUGAUGUAAGGCAGAGUAUACAGCUAGAGCACAUUCAGGAGGAGUCAGUGGAGAUUGAAGGGGAAAUUGAGGCUCAGGAAACUAUUCCAGUACCAUCGGCAGUGUCUACUCCAUCUGAAGGGGAGAUUGAGGUUCAAGAGAUAGAUGGCUUGAAGGCUUUGAAGAACAGUCUGAUGGAAAUUACCAGUUUGGUUCUUCCCAAUGAUGUAGAAUUGCGGGCUAAAGUGGAAAAUCUAGUGGAAACCACCCCUGGUAGUUCGGCCACUAAGAAGGCUCAAGGUGGCACUAAGGCAAAAGGGAGCUCCUCUGGCAAAGGCAACAAGAGCCAGAGGAAGAAACGCAGAGGAUUUAAUAAUCCUCAUCGACUGAAGGAGGUUAAAAAAUUUUUGUUAAAUGAAGACAUUAAAAUCUUGGGCAUUUUGGAAACGAAAAUAAAAGCUUUAAAUGAACAGGAGAUUUUUUCUGGUGUAAACAAUUGGCCCUUUUUGACAAACUCACAACCUACUAAAACUGGGAGGAUCUGCGUCUGCUGGGACCCAGCUUUUUGUAAGGUUACAUUGUUAUCAGCUUCUGACCAAUAUAUUUUUUGCGAAGUUCAUGAAUUUUCGUCUGAUAACAUGUUUAAAAUUUGUUUUGUUUAUGCUGAUAAUAAACCUGAUAUUCGAAAAGAGUUUUUUGAGUUUAUGGCUACGACUUCCCAUUUGCAGUCCAAAACUCCUAUCAUGUUUCUGGGGGACUUCAAUGCUAUAAGAUACCCAUAUGAGAAAUCUGGGGGCUCUGUUAGUUGGUCUAGGGUCAAAGAGGAGUUUAAUUCAUACAUUCUGAAAUCUGAGUUGGUUGAUCUCUCUUACGGGGGUUGCCAAUUUACCUGGGCCAAUAAGAGAACUAGUGUGGAUUACAUUGCAACCAAAAUUGAUAGAGUGCUGGUUAAUGAGGCUUGGCUAGAUACCUUUCCUGCCUCUUUUGCCACAUUUUUACCCUCUGGCAUAUCUGACCACUCUCCUGCUGUGGUUAAUGUUUCUGACAAGAAAUCUUCUUUUAAGAAACCUUUUAAAUAUUUGGACUUUUGGGCCGACCAUAAGGACUUUAAUUCGGUGGUUUCUAGAGUUUGGAAUCAGUAUAUUUAUGGUGUUCCUACGUAUAGGGUGUGCCAAAAAUUGAGAUAUUUGAAGCCUGAACUUAAGGCUCUGAACAAGAAAGACUUUAGUGACAUAACUACCAGAGUCCAAACCUCUAAGGGUAAGCUCUUCUCUGCUCAAUGUAAGCUGGAUAAGGAUCCGAGUAAUUGUGAGUUGCAGAAAAUUGAGCGCACUAUCUUUAAGCAGCAUGUUGACCUCCUGGCUGUUGAAGAGAGUUUGGCUCUUCAGAAAUCUUGUGUCCAGUGGCUUAGCCAGGGAGAUAGAAAUAGUAGCUUCUUCUUCAAAACCAUUAAGGGUAAUAUCAAUAGGGGUAAGAUUUUGAAUCUGGAGUUGAUGGAUGGCCAAAAAUCUUCUAAAAUAGAGGACAUCCAGAAUGCAUUUACAAACUUUUCUCUGUCAGGCAAACUUCUGUCUGAAGUUAAUAGCACAAUCAUUGCUCUCAUUCCCAAAGUCCCCAACCCUGCGAAAGUGGGUGACUUCAGGCCUAUUUCUUGUUGCAACACCAUCUAUAAGUGCAUUGCUAAGAUCAUAGCUAACAGGAUUAAAUCUGUUCUUCCUGAUCUUAUUGACCUUGUUCAAUCCGCUUUUGUUCAGGGUCGGAGAAUUUCUGAUAAUAUCUUCCUAUCUCAAGAGCUUAUGAGGGGGUACCACAGGCAUUCCCCUACUCCGAAGUGUGCUAUGAAGGUGGAUAUCAUGAAAGCUUAUGAUAGUGUGAGAUGGGAUUUUAUACUUGAUAUUCUCAAGGCUAUGGCCUUUCCUCCUGUCAUGAUUUCUUGGAUCAAGGCCUGCAUCACUAGCCCUUCCUUUUCAAUUUGUAUCAAUGGUAGCCUUCAUGGCUAUUUUAAAGGUGCUAGAGGUCUUAGACAAGGUGACCCUAUGUCCCCUUACUUAUUUGUUUUGGCCAUGGAAAUCCUGGCCAAAAUCUUGGCGGAGAAAGCUAAGCACCCUCUUUUUAAGUUUCAUUGGAAGUGCGACAAGACUAAAAUGAUUAAUCUUUGCUUCGCUGAUGAUCUUAUGAUCUUUAGUAGGGGUGAUGCCUCUACUGUUAAGCUCAUUAUGGAAGGCUUUAAGGAGUUUUCAUCCUUGUCUGGCCUAAUUCCUAAUCCCAGCAAAAGUAACAUCUACUUUUCUGGUUGUGAUAUGGAGUUGAGAGCUUCUAUUCUUGAGAUUGCUAAGUUUAAUGAAGGUACUCUUCCUGUUAGGUACCUUGGUGUCCCCUUAAUUACCACAAAGUUGAGGGCUGCUGACUGUGGUCCUCUCAUUGAUAGGAUCACCAAAAGAGUGAAGAGCUGGACCAAUAGAGCUUUGUCUUACGCUGGUAGAAGCCAGCUCAUUCAAUCCAUUCUCUUUUCUAUGCAAGUGUACUGGUCCUCCCUUUUCAUCCUUCCCAAGAAGGUCAUUAGGUAG